GUGUGCAUGUGGCAGCCAAGGCAUAGGACGUGGUGCUGUGGCUGCACUCCCCGUUUCCUCCUGGGAUUUGGCACCUCCUGUCUUGUCUUUCUGAGCGACUGGAGGGGAAGGGAGGCAGCUCCACUCCCUGGGCUACUGGAAGGACUUCUGAGCUCCAGUUUGCAUUUUCCCUUCUCAGUGUGUUGCUACAAGAAAAGCUUCUGCCUAGCAUGGCUGAUAGGAAGGCCUUAAAUCAUGAACUUUCUAAACUUUUCAAUGAGAUGUGGGAUAUGGAUGUUAACCGCUUUACACCUGGGAAAGAUUAUGCAAUUGAACUGCAGGGAAAAGCAGAUGCUGUAUUGCAAGGUGACAGUGUUGUCCAGGACAGUGCAGCCAGACAUCUGUUUCACUACGUAAAUGAAGAACGCCUGAAGAACAUAAAAACUUUUGCAACCUUUAUUUCCCUACUGGACAACUAUGAGACAUCAACUGGAGUAGAAGAAAUAGUGACUCCAGAAGAAAUAGCUGAAAACAAUUGCUUUCUUGAUGCCAUCUUAAUGACUGGAGUAAUGAAAGUGAGUCACGAAUUCAGUUUUGUCACUGAAGACACUGAAUUACAGAUACACAUAUCUUUGUUUUCUAUCCUUCAGCUAGCUCAUGAGUAUCUGCUUAAAAAGAAACUAGCAAAGCCAAACCUUGCUGAUUUCAAGUAUCAGCUCUAUGACAUCUGGUUCCAGCUCUAUCCCAGGAAAGAAGGAGACAGACCUGACUCCUGUGGUUUUGAACAUGUUUUUGUUGGAGAAACAAGGCGUGGUAAACAGAUCUUAGGUUUGCACAACUGGGUGCAAUUUUAUCUUCAGGAAAAGCAUAAACAAAUUGACUACAAGGGAUACAUCGCUCGAAAGAACAAAACCAGGCCUGAUAGAGAUGACCAAGUUUUGAGCAUACAGUUCAGCUGGAAGGGCUCAGUCAAGCCAAUUGGAAGCACCUUUAUUGGUGUCAGCCCUGAGUUUGAAUUUGCCCUUUACACCGUCAUUUUUCUGCUGUCUGAAGAAAGAGUCACACGUAAAACAGUGAAGAUAGAAGAAUAUGAACUACAGAUUGUAGUUUGUCGCCACGGGCGCCACAUUGGAACAGCAUAUCCAGUACUCCUCAACACCAGUAAUGAAGAUUAGUAGGUACAGUGAUCAGGCAACAUUCCUUCCUUUCUUUUUUUUUCCAUGAGGGGGAGGGAGUAAAUUGAUGUGUUGUUUUGUACAAUUCAUUUGUAAUGUAAAUUAAUGAGUUGUUCCCUUUUGAUUUGCAGUGAAGUGUUGAAUCAAUAGCGUGCCAUGUUCAAGUGUCUGACCCACACUGAAAUACGCUUCUUUUCAUAUUAAAGUCUGUAUUAAACUUC